CAUCUCAGUGCGAGGAGUACGACUUUAGACGAGAGAGACGCCAAAGGCUGCCCGAGGAAGAGGAAUCCCUCCGCCUUCGACCUUUCCUUCUUUCGAGACUGAAACCCCUCUUUUGCUUCUAGUCGUGGGCAGCAAAGAUGUUGAGAUUUCAUGUUGGGGGGAAAGUCGUUGAAAGAAUUGAUUUGUUGAGGAAGAAGCAUUGGCCAUGGCGGCUCGAUGUUUGGCCUUUUGCUCUUCUCUAUGCUGUUUGGUUCACUACGAUUCUUCCCAGUAUAGACAUUGUCGACGCUGCUAUAGUUUCCGGUGCAAUUGCAACCCUUCACAUUUUGGUUUUUCUUUUCACUGUUUGGUCUGUGGACUUUAAAUGCUUCGUCCAGUACGCAAAGGUUAAUGAUAUUCACCAUGCGGAUUCAUGCAAAGUAACUCCAGCUAAAUUCUCUGGUCCUAAGGAAGUUGUAGCGCUAAAUUUCCGUGAGCAACUUGGCGAAGAGAUUUACUUUGAUUUUAGAAAGCAACGAUUCAUCUACUCUAAAGAAAAUCAGAACUUUAGCAAGCUUCCUUACCCUACAAAGGAAACGUUUGGAUACUAUCUGAAAAACACUGGCCAUGGAACUGAAUCUAAAAUUGUUGUAGCCACUGAUAAGUGGGGAAGGAAUGUGUUUGAAUAUCCACAACCCACGUUCCAGAAAUUAAUGAAAGAGCACUGCAUGGAGCCCUUCUUCGUAUUUCAGGUGUUCUGUGUUGGCCUCUGGUGUUUGGACGAAUAUUGGUAUUACAGUCUGUUCACCCUAUUCAUGCUGUUCAUGUUCGAAUCAACAAUGGCAAAAAGUAGGUUAAAGACGCUAACUGAGCUUAGACGUGUUAGAGUAGACAACCAGACGCUCAUGGUGCAUCGUUGUGGGAAGUGGGUGAAGCUCUCUGGAACAGAUCUUUUGCCCGGGGAUGUCGUCUCUGUUGGGCGCUCUUCUGGUCAGAAUGGAGAAGAUAAGUCUGUACCAGCUGAUAUGCUUAUCUUAGCUGGAAGUGCUAUUGUCAAUGAGGCCAUUCUCACAGGAGAGUCUACUCCUCAAUGGAAGGUUUCAGUUAUGGGUAGAGGUAUCGAGGAGAAGUUAUCUGUUAAAAGAGAUAAAAACCAUGUUUUAUUUGGUGGUACAAAAAUUCUUCAGCAUACUCCAGAUAAGAGCUUCCCUUUGAAGACUCCUGAUGGUGGCUGUGUUGCUGUUGUUCUAAGAACUGGAUUUGAAACAAGUCAAGGAAAACUGAUGCGAACAAUUUUAUUUUCUACAGAGAGGGUUACGGCUAAUAGUUGGGAAAGUGGGCUGUUUAUCUUAUUUUUAGUUGUAUUUGCCAUAAUAGCUGCUGGUUAUGUAUUAAAAAAGGGGCUAGAGGAUCCUACUAGAAGCAAGUACAAGCUUUUUCUAAGCUGUUCACUCAUUAUUACAUCUGUGAUCCCUCCUGAGCUGCCAAUGGAAUUAUCUAUAGCUGUUAAUACAUCUCUGAUUGCAUUAGCACGGCGUGGAAUAUAUUGUACAGAACCUUUUCGCAUUCCAUUUGCUGGAAAGGUUGAUAUUUGUUGUUUUGACAAAACUGGAACACUUACGUCAGAUGACAUGGAAUUCAGUGGAGUUGUUGGAUCAAAUAGUUCUAUGGACUUGGAAUCUGAUGCAACCAAAUUACCUGCUCGCACAGUGGAGAUAAUGGCUUCUUGUCAUGCAUUAGUAUUUGUGGAUAACAAGCUGGUUGGUGAUCCUCUUGAAAAGGCUGCACUAAAGGGGAUAGAUUGGACAUAUAAAUCUGAUGAGAAAGCCAUGCCAAAGAGAGGAAGUGGUCAUGCUGUUCAAAUUGUCCAGAGACACCAUUUUGCUUCCUAUUUGAAAAGAAUGGCAGUUGUUGUUCGCAUGGAGGAGGAAUUUCUUGCAUUUGUGAAGGGUGCCCCCGAAACUAUUCAAGAUAGGCUUACAGAAGUCCCUCCAUUAUAUGUGGAAACAUACAAAAAAUAUACUCGGCAAGGAUCCCGUGUUCUGGCUCUUGCUUUCAAGUCCCUUCCAGACAUGACAGUCAGUGAAGCUAGAAGCUUGGAUAGGGAAGUAGUCGAGAGCAAUCUUACAUUUGCUGGUUUUGCGGUUUUUAACUGUCCAAUUAGAGCAGAUUCAGCCACUGUACUGUCUGAAUUGAAAGGCUCAUCACAUGACUUGGUGAUGAUUACUGGUGACCAAGCCUUGACAGCAUGCCAUGUUGCUAGCCAAGUUCAUAUUGUAUCAAAACCAGCACUCAUUCUCAGUCGAAAAGGGAAUGGCGAAGGAUAUGAGUGGAUAUCUCCAGAUGAGGUGGAAAGGAUGCCGUUUAGUGACAAAGAGGUUGAAGCUAUAUCAGAGACUCAUGAUCUCUGUAUUGGUGGUGACUGCAUGGAAAUGUUGCAACAGACUGGUGCUGUUACACGAGUCAUCCCAUUUGUGAAGGUAUUUGCAAGAGUUGCUCCUGAGCAGAAAGAACUCAUUAUGACCACUUUUAAAACUGUGGGGCGUAUAACUUUGAUGUGUGGGGAUGGCACCAAUGAUGUUGGAGCUCUGAAGCAGGCGCAUGUAGGAGUUGCCUUGUUGAAUGCAGUUCCUCCAACUCAAACCGUAAAGUCGUCCUCAGAAACAUCUAAAGAUGAAAGUACAAAGGUUGCCAAAGUAAAGAAAUCAAAACCUGCUUCAGAAGCAGAAGGCUCUUCAAAAGGUAAAGUUGCUACAAACAACUCAAUUAGUAACCGCCACUCAAUGGCAUUAGAGAGACAGCAAAAGCUGAAGAAAAUGAUGGAGGAACUGAAUGAUGAUUCUGAUGGCCGUGCACCCAUUGUCAAGCUCGGUGAUGCUUCCAUGGCUUCGCCAUUUACAGCUAAGCAUGCAUCAGUUUCCCCAACCACAGACAUUAUUCGCCAGGGUCGUAGUACUCUUGUGACUACCCUCCAGAUGUUCAAAAUUCUUGGCCUUAAUUGCCUCGCUACAGCAUAUGUAUUGAGUGUGAUGUAUUUGGACGGUGUCAAGCUCGGUGAUGUCCAGGCUACUAUUAGUGGUGUAUUUACAGCAGCCUUUUUUCUGUUCAUCUCACAUGCCCGCCCGCUCCCCACCCUUUCAGCGGAUCGACCACACCCUAAUAUUUUUUGCUUUUACGUGUUCCUCUCUCUCUUGGGACAGUUUGCUAUACACCUAUGUUUCUUAAUAUCCUCUGUUCAAGAGGCAGAGAAACAUAUGCCCGAAGAAUGCAUCGAACCAGACUCGAACUUUCAUCCAAAUCUAGUGAAUACAGUUUCGUACAUGGUGAACAUGAUGCUUCAGGUUGCGACCUUUGCCGUGAACUACAUGGGGCAUCCUUUUAACCAGAGUGUAUCGGAAAACAAGCCAUUCUUGUACGCCCUAUUGUCUGCUGUUGGAUUCUUUGUCGUCAUCACUUCUGAUCUGUUCAGAAGCUUGAACGACAGCUUGAAGUUGGUGCCUUUGCCUGAAGGGUUGAGAAAUAAGUUACUGGGAUGGGCUUUGCUCAUGUUCCUAAGUUGUUACUCGUGGGAGAGAUUUUUGAGAUGGGCGUUCCCUGGUAAAAUCCCGGAAUGGAAGAAGCGACAACGACUCGCUGAAGCUAAACUAGAAAAGAAGAAACAUGUCUGAGCAAAUAGAUUUUUGAGGUGAGGCAUGAUGAGCUUUAUACGAUUAUGUAGCAUAGCGGUGAUGCAAAACGAGACUAGAGCAGCAGCAGCAGCAGCGGAGAGACGAGGUUAUAUCUCACUGGAUUUUGCAUUUCUAGAGCAUGGAAUUCCUUUCCUUUUUUGUGGGGGAAAUUUGCUACAUUUUGCUUUGAAAUUAUGACACUGAUUGAUAUAUGCCUAUAAAACAAUUGUGAUCUUGAGGCGCUUUUUGACAUAUCAAGUUGUAACUGAAUUAUUUGGACCUUUUCUUAAUGAUGAAAUUUACAAUGAUUUAUACCCUAGA